UCGCGAAGCAGCAUCUUUAAAAACUAGUAGCAGAAAAGUAGUGAUUAUUAGACUAGAGCCGAAAGAUGGCUUGCGGGCCCUUGAGUACCGCCCUGUUAGUACUACUAAGUACGGCAUUACUGGUUGAUGCGGUCUCAUUGGAUUAUGAUAUAACCAAAGACCUAGAAGAAGUAGUCAAAAAAGACAACUUUAUUCUAUCCAUAAAACACAUCAAACCAAAAAAACGCUCCAGAGGAGACAUAGAAACCCUCUUUUCAGUAGAUUUUCCUGGUGCAGAAAACAAAUUUUCACUCCUACUCGACAGAAAAACUAAAAGAGUUAUAGUAGCAACUCUUGAAGAUAGUCGCAAUAGAGAACAGCACUUUACAGUGGACGUACUAAAGGAAGAUAGCACCAUAAAAUCACUAAUUUUGGUCGUCAACCAAUCACAACCAGCUGCUCACGCAAAUCUUUACAUUGACUGUGUCGCGUAUGGUAGGGUUGCUACCCCUAAAUCGAUAAGGGAUAUGUUCGAAGCGAUGAGAAGGCCUACCUUAGAAGUGUUCCAUGAAAGAAAGUACAUAAUGGAGGUAGACGGCCACAGAGACCUAAGGGCAGUACUGAGCCGUAACGAAUGUCCACUGCCUUUAGAAAAACUUCUCGAUGGAGGUUUUACCCAAGAAUUAGUCAGUAAUUCACUGAGAGAUGAUCCAAACAUACAGAGUCAGGAGCCUUAUGGAGCUUCCAGCAUCAACUACCGUGGAGAUAUUCCCCUGGUAUCCACUUUAGAGGAUGUUGGCAUGAUCAACGCCAUAAAUCAGCUAAUUAAAGUGGUAAACUUGGAAGUGGAAAAAUGUAGGGGCCAAGCGGAAGCUUUUGAUAAGCUCAGGCGUUUAAUUGAAGAAUGCGAUUUGUGCAGACAAAGGCCUUCCCAACCUAGUUGCGCUACACAUCCUCCUGGAUGUGCUCCUGGAGUGCAGUGCCAUGACACUCCCGAAGGACCACGUUGUGGGUCUUGUCCUCCAGGCUACAUUGGAAAUGGUUACUCGUGUACUCCUGGUAGGACUUGCGCUGAAAGUCCAUGUUUUCCUGGAGUAGAAUGUCGUGAUUCUUCUAGAGGGUUCCAAUGCGGUCCAUGUCCAGGAGGUUAUGAAGGCGACGGAGAAAAAUGCCGUAGAAGGAACCCUUGCGAGUAUAAUCCUUGUGCGCCAGGAACAUCUUGUAUGCCUAUCAGCGAACCACCCUAUUACCAAUGUUCUGGAUGUCCCGAGGGAUCUACUGGGAAUGGCGAACACUGUGUGGAUAUAGAUGAAUGUGACUUGAUCCAUCCCUGUGACCCCAACGUAGAAUGCACCAACCUUCAACCAGGAUAUCGGUGUGGAGCCUGUCCAGCAGGAUUCACUGGCAGCUAUGGAGUCCAAGGAGUAGGAGUCGAGGAUGCUUCCCGAAACAGACAAACUUGUACCGAUAUAGAUGAAUGCGCUCAAGGAAGAGUAUGUGUUGAGCAUUCUAGAUGUGUCAAUAGUUUGGGUUCUUACGAAUGUAGUUCAUGUGAUUAUGGUUACUUUGGCAACCAAUCCGUCGGGUGUCGCCAACAGGAAGGAUUUUGCCCUAAUGGCAUUCAGUGCCAUCAAAAUGCUAGAUGUGUGAGUUUAGGGUGGGAUCAUUACAUUUGUCAAUGCAUUACUGGAUGGGCUGGUAAUGGGGAAAUUUGUGGUCCUGAUACUGACAUAGAUAGCUGGCCUGAUAUGCAAUUACCAUGCAGAGACGAGCAUUGCAAACAGGAUAAUUGUCCAAAUAUACCAAAUUCUGGACAAGAGGACGCCGACGGGGAUGGAAUUGGAAACGUUUGCGAUCCUGAUCCUGAUGGCGAUGGAAUAUCUUUUGAUGAUAAUUGUCCUUAUCACAAAAACCCAGAUCAAAGAGACUCGGAACGCGACCCAGAUAAAAUUGGCGACCUUUGCGACAAUUGUCCUUAUGUGCCAAAUCCUGAUCAAUCAGAUAUCGACAAUGACGGCCUUGGGGACGCAUGUGACCCAGAUAUAGAUAACGAUGACAUAAUGAACGAACGUGACAAUUGUCCAAAAAAGGCCAAUAUAGAUCAACGGGACAAUGACGGUGAUGGAGUUGGGGAUGUUUGCGAUAAUUGUCCGAAUAUUUAUAAUCCGGGCCAAGAGGAUUCUGAUGAUGAUUUUGUGGGAGAUGUGUGUGAUAGUCCUGACGAUAUAGACCAUGAUGGUAUAAGUGACAAUGUAGACAAUUGCCGUCACAAACCCAACCCAGAUCAAAGAGAUAGUGAUAGAGAUGGAAAAGGCGAUGCUUGUGACAAUGAUAUAGACGGCGACAGCAUCGUUAACGAGAUUGAUAAUUGCAUUUAUAUUUAUAAUCCUGAUCAAGCUGAUCGUGACCGUAAUGGAAUUGGGGACAUAUGUCAAAAAAACUACGACGGUGACGCCAUUGACAACAUCUAUGAUAAUUGUCCCAACAAUUCCCUAAUUUACAGGACCGACUUUAGUAAAUUCCAAACUGUAGUCCUCGACCCCGAAGGAGAUUCUCAAAUAGAUCCUAAUUGGGAAAUCUAUAACCAUGGCGCAGAAAUUGUACAAACAAUGAACAGCGAUCCAGGGUUGGCUGUAGGCCAUGAUGUAUUAGAAGGCGUAGAUUUUGAAGGAACAUUUUUCGUUGACACUGAUAUUGAUGACGAUUAUGUAGGCUUUAUAUUCAGCUAUCAAGACAAUCGAAAUUUCUAUACAGUGAUGUGGAAAAAGAAUCAACAAACCUAUUGGCAGCCUACACCAUUUCGGGCUGUAGCAGAACCAGGAAUUCAAGUGAAACUCGUUCAAUCGGAAACUGGCCCUGGAACAUUUUUACGUAAUUCUUUAUGGCAUACUGGAGACACCAAAAACCAAGUGAAACUUUUGUGGAUUGAUCCGAGAAAUGUCGGCUGGAAAGAGAGGACUUCUUACAGAUGGUUUUUGAUACACAGACCAAAAAUUGGUCUUAUAAGGCUGAAGAUUUUCGAAGGGGAGCAUAUGGUCGCUGAUUCAGGAAAUCUUUUUAACGAUAGACUUCGAGGUGGACGAUUGGGGGUGUUGUGCUUUUCACAGGAGCAAAUAAUUUGGUCGGAUUUGGCUUAUAGAUGCAAUGAUAACCUUCGAGAAGAAAUUUGGAGAGAAUUACCGGAAAAAUUGCGCAGAAAAAUAAGCAUUGACGAUACAAUUUAUCAGCAUAUACAAGACCCGAAUCCAAAUGUCUAAAUUCGAAUAAUUUUUUAGAAGGUUUUUGUUACUAAUUUUGUUUAACAUUUUUUUACUUACUCUGUGUUUAAUAAAAUCAAAUGUGAAAAAAUUUGAAAUUUAAUCGUGAUAAAUCCAAAUUAUGGAUUCCAU